AUGGCACCAUCAGCAGAGGCAAAGCGCCUAGAAAAGCUUGAGUCCGGAAGGGCCAAAAGUAAAGAGGAGGUGCUGGCAGAGGCUAGAUCUUUUGUCAGCACAAAUGGUGGAGACCCCAGUGACCAGUUUUUAGUACUGGCCCACAGCAAACUUCAGUUUGGGAAGUACCAGGGCCAGCGAUUUAGAUGGCUCCUGGAAAACUCUCUGGGGUAUGCAGUGUAUUUGGUGCUUAGCAGUUCCAGUGAGAAAGCCCAUCCAACCCCGCUGUCAGAAAACAAACAGCUGUACCUGCAGUAUACUUCUCUUAUUAGAGAGAUGGCAGAAGAAGCGGAGAAGUAUAAGAGAAAGCAGGAAAUGCAAGCAGAAGCCCAUGCAACUGGAGACCAAGGCUGCUUGAUGGUGGAGUUUGGUGACUUCCAGGGCCGGUCCAUGAAGGAAGUUUAUGAGGACCAGAGCAAGCAGGCCCAAGCCCUCAUCAGGUACCUGGUAAAGGCAAAUGCCAACCCCAACACCAACAUGGCCAUUUUCAAGACGUAUGUCUUGACAAGACAGGCGUCUGCUGUGGGCACCCGUGUAUGCCAGCCUGAACCUCAAGUUGCAACCUCCAGUGCCUCUGCACCUCCACCUGCAACCUCCAGUUCCUCUGUACGUCCACGUGCAACCUCCAGUGCCUCUGCACCUCCACCUGCAACCCCCAGUGCUUCUGUUCCUCCACCUGCAACCUCCAGUGCCUCUGUACGUCCACGUGCAACCUCCAGUGUCUCUGCACCUUCACCCGCAGCCAUCCAAACUGGUGUACAGCAGAGCGCCACUGUGAAAGCGCUGUUGAUGCGUGGCAAACAUUUGUCUCCUUCUCACCUGGCGAGAAAACUCAUGUCACCAGUGAAACACUAUCCAUUACUGCAGUCCACUUUACCUCCUCCAGCAGCAGAACCCCCAGCCACACAUUUGACCCGAAGGCAGCUUUUCACUACUGGCACUUCCGUUUCCACUGCUGAAGAUGAUGAUGAGGAACUGGUAUUUGCUGCAUCACAAUGUGAAGCACAGAUAAAUACAGAAUUAUGUCACAUCUUGCCUCAAGCUGGAUGUAUGCUUUGAGCGCAUUUCUUCGAAACCGUAAGGAUGUUUAAAGAGACCUGUUCUGGUCCGUCUCCAUCAGCGGAAACAGCAAAAGCACCAGGUCUUCCACAUCAUCCACCACCAGCUGAGCUUCCAGUUCACUGGAAAGAUCAUCUUCCACCUUUCCAGCAUGAGUGGAUACGGAACACACUAUUUAAGGCCAACCCGCGAACCGGCAAGCCAGAACUAGUGUCCCAACUGAAGCUUUGGUGGUAUCCUCCUCAGGUCCCUUUAAUUCACACUCAGCCGCCCGCCUCACCUGACCUCUUCUUCUGUCGGCCCCUUUUCUUAUGGAUGCCGCUCAAGAUGUGGCGAUUUCCUCUUGUCUGUGUUCGACCAGACUGUGAUAAGCACAAACUAACAGCCGCAGGACUUUACCGUACCGUGCGCAAAGUCUUGGACAUCGACGGUUGGUAUGAUCUUGCCACUGAGUAUCUGGAGUGCAAACGCUGCAAAAAGAAAUAUCCCGCCUGGUCCGAGGACAUUUUGGGGCAACUGGAUAUGGGCCACCGCAGUCAGUUUCCAGCUUUGCUGACAUACAGAUACUCAUGUGACAACCGGGUGCUGAGGAUGAUGAGGGAGAGGACACAGGGCAACAGCGUGACACAGCUGUACAAGAAGCUCAUGGAACAACACAGUGAGGCAUGGACACAGCGUGUCCUUCAGUACCUG